AUGACAAACUCAUCUUUUGUCGUCGGGGUUGGCAUGACGCCGUUCCUCUCUCCCAAAAAGUCUGCCAACCUAGCAGCCAACCCGCAGUCAGAUUAUCUCGAUCUAGCCGUCGAAGCCUGCGUCAAAGCUCUACUCGACGCAGGCCUCACCUUUGACAAAGUAGACCAAGGCAUAGGUUGCUACGUCUUUGGCGACUCAACAUGCGCACAACGCGUCUUUUACAGCCUCGGCAUGACGGGCAUCCCCAUUCUCAAUGUGCACAAUUACUGCAGCUCUGGCAGCACGGGUCUAUGGCUGGCAAACCAAGCCAUCCGCUCUGGAGAUGCAGAUUGUGUGCUGGUUGCUGGAUUUGAUAAGAUGUAUCCGGGUGUGUUGCCACAGACGCAUAAAGACCGCACCAAUCCCCUGUCGCGUGUUCUAGACUUGUCCAAGACACAGAUACCCGAGUCUGAGCGCGGCAAACCGUCGCCGGGAUGGAGUCCUCAGCUUUAUGGCAAUGCCCAGGCAGAGUAUUUGCAGAGAUAUGGAGGCCCGGGCGGUGCUGAGAAGCGAGACUUUGCACAAAUCACUGCUGUCAACAGGGAACACGGCACUCGCAACCCUUACUCUCAGUUGUCCAAAGCUGUGUCAGCCGAAGAUGUGUUGUCUAGUCUUGUGAUAGCGGGAGAUAUUACACGACUGCAAUGCUGCCCUUCUUCUACUGGCGCAGCAGCAGCGGUGAUUGUCUCCGAAUCUUUUCUGGCUGCUCACCCUUAUCUGCGCAGCACCGCCAUUCAAAUCGCCGGUCAGUCUCUGGCCACUGACUCCUCCAAGCUCUACGAGUCGAAGAGUGCAAUCGAGCUCAUUGGUUCUGAUAUGACACGAAAUGCGGCAAAGCGGGCUUAUGAACAAGCGGGCAUCACACCCAAAGACGUGUCUGUUAUUGAGCUGCACGACUGCUUCACCACCAACGAGAUGUGUGCCAUUGAAGGGCUGGGAUUGGCUGAGGAAGGCAAAGGGUGGAAGUUGGUUCGUGAUGGACUCAUCACUUAUAAUCCAAAGAAGAAGGGGAAAGGAUGGAUCGUGAAUCCAAGUGGAGGACUAAUUUCCAAAGGACACCCGCUGGGAGCCACUGGGCUAGCGCAAUGUGCAGAGCUGGGAGUUUGUGAGAUAGUCUGGCAUCUUCGCGGAUGGGCAAAGCGCCGAUCUGUCGCAUCGACAAAGUAUUGUCUCCAGCACAAUAUGGGCAUGGGAGGCGCCACAGUGGUGACGAUAUACAAGAGGAUAGACGGUCAGGUAGCUCCAGGCAUCGAGGAUACAAAGCCACAGGAAGAUGGACGUAGUCGUUUGGGUUAUAAUCCUGCUGAGGAGGCUCGAUCCAUAAGCCGUGAAGAUUGGAAGAGUGUCCUUGCUGAGGGAGAGGCAAGUUCGGCGUGGGCAGCUGCUGAGUUGCCGUGGAACUUGAACCCAGGAGCAUAUAGCACUAGAGCCAAGUUGUAG